AUGUCCGUUACAUUCCAAUUCACCCGCCAGUUCCAUAUUCUCGACCAAACCAUACGCGGACCUGGCUCAGGUAGGACGGAGCAAGCUCAGGCCCUUUGUGAGAAGCUACCGGGAUUGAUUCACUUCAACCUUACUGAUUUCCUCCGAAAUCGAGUGCUGGAUCGCAUUGGAGUUGACAGUCAAAAGGAUUGGGAUGUGAUUGCUCGACGUGUGCAUAGCAGUGAUCCUCCAAUGUCCAAAGAUCGGAUAAUACCUGAAUACUGGGUAAGCGUGUCCAUUAUUUCGUUUUUGAUCAUUUUUCAAACUCGAUAG